UCCUGUUCUCAGAUUUGUCCUUGCGUGUCCAUCUCAUCGUCGUCUCCAAGCUGGCAUUCUGAGUUUAGAUUCCAUUCUGCCACUAUAUGUAGCCGGACAUGCAGUUCUUGGCUAUCGCGACACAGCGCGUGCACUGUUCCAUCGUUCAGGAUGCCUAGAGAGCGGCCUUUUCGCAUGCCCGGCGGCCGUGGCGGCGGCGGCGACAUCACGGUGCACGUCGAAUACCUGGCGCGCACCCUGAUGCAGAAGCAGGAGGGCGUGGCGGCGGAGGAGCAGCACCGGGCCAUGGCGACCAGCCACCGGCUGUCCCGCGUCCCCCUCCACCUCCGCAACAACAACGCCAAGGACUACACGCCGGGGUUCGUCGCCAUCGGCCCGCUCCACAGCCGCGACGACCGGCGCCUCCGCCCCGCCGAGCGGCUCAAGGUGGCGUACCUCAACAGCCUCAUCUCCCGCGGCCACCCCGACACGGCGCAACACCUCGCCGUCAUCCAGGAGUACAUCCGCGUCGUCGCCGCCCGCGAGCAGGAGGCCCGAGCAAUGUACGUCGGGGAGGACGUCGUCGAGAUUCCCCCUGAUGAGUUCAUCCAGAUGAUGGUGCUCGACGGCUGCUUCAUCAUCGAGCACCUCAUCAACGUCGCCACGGGCCACGAGGAACCGUCGCUGCACGCCACGCCCUUCGGCCCCGCGCAGCUCUCCGUCGAUCUCGUCCUCGCCGAGAACCAGAUGCCCUUCUUCCUCCUCGUUGAUCUCAUCGCCAGAACUAAGCUGCCGGAGUUCGAGGCCACCGGCUACCCCGCGCCGGUGCUGCUCGUGAAGCUCGUGCUGUACUACCUGGCCGGCGAGAAGGGCCGCGACAUGAGCGAGGCGCUGCCGCCGGCCGAGGGGGUCUCCCACGUCCUGCACCUGCUCCACGCGAUGAUCACCGCGGCGCGGACACGGUGGGAGCCGCCGCCCCGCACCAUCCAGGACGGCGUGGUGAUAGAGACGGCACAGGAGGCGGCACGGCUGCUGCGCCGCAUCCCGCUGCUGCUGUUCGUGCCGCUGCUGUACCCGAUCCUCCCCGAGGACAAGAAGUGGAGCGCGAGCUACGGGAAGGAAGACGUGCCGUCGGCGAGCGACCUGAAGCGGAUGGGCGUGCAGUUCAAGAAGGCGCGCGCCGGCAGCGGGAGCAAGGCGCUGGCCGGCAUCGCGUCGGUGCUGGGGCCCGUGCCGCUCGCCGUGAAGCUGACGCAGCACGAGGACCGGCUCCACCUCCCCCAGCUGCGGAUCGAGUUCCGCACGGCGCCGCUGCUGCUGAACCUGAUGGCGUUCGAGCAGUCGGCGUCAGCCUCGAUGAAGACGCCGAUGGACGUGUCGGCGUACGUGUGCUUCAUGGCGAAGAUGGUGCAGUCGGCGGAGGACGCGGGGGUGCUGGCGGCGGCGGAGGUGGUGCAGCAGCACGGCGGCGCGGGCAACGAGACCAAGGAGGCCGUGGCGAGGUUUUUCCGGACGAUGGGCGUGGCGAGCGAGGCGGCGGCCGGCGGCGAGCUGCUGGUGACGAGCUACCUGUGCGUGCUGCUGGAGAAGCUGCGGGAGCGGAGCCGCCACCCGCUGUACGUCAUGUGGGCCGACGUGCAGCGGAACUACUUCACGCUGCCGUGGGCCGUCGUCAUCGAGGUCGUCGCCCUCGUCACCUUCGUCUCCACCAUGGUCCAGACCUACACCUCCGUCAAGUACCACAGCUGAAAUGCACCACCAGUCCACAGCGUGUCCAUAAUCUUUGCCAGACUGACUGUUUGGGCUCGUGUUCUCCCACAUUCUAGCCCACGGGCCCAUGUUCCUUGCGUGUGCAUAUACAAGAGGAGUGAUUUGACUUUUUAUUUAGCAUA